GUCCUCGCGCUCUCUUCUUCCUGUUUAGGUGCCGCAGCUGUAAAAAUGGCAGAUACAGGGAGAUACAAAGGUGCAGUUAACAAAAACAAAGAUCCCUCCGGUCUUCUCAUCUCUGUUAUAAGAACCUUGUCCAGCAGCGAUGAUGUGCAGGACCGAGAGACAGAGAAGGGGCGUCUGGAGGAGGCUUUUGAGACCUGUGACCGAGACCUGGAUCAACUCAUAGUCCAACAUUAUGCAGAGCUCACCACAGCCAUCAGGACGUACCAGAGCAUCACAGAGCGAAUCACCAGCUCCAGGAACAAAAUCAAACAGGUCAAAGAAAACCUUCUGUCCUGUAAGAUGCUGCUCCACUGCAAAAGAGACGAACUGAGGAAGCUGUGGAUCGAGGGCAUUGAACACAAGCAUGUCCUCCAACUGCUCGAUGAGAUUGAGAGCAUCAAACAAGUGCCACAGAAACUAGAGGCUUACAUGGCCAGCAAGCACUACCUGCAUGCCACGGAUAUGCUGGUGUCGGCGGUGGACUCUUUGGACGGGGACUUGGUGCAGGUGGAGGGUCUCUCGGAUCUGCGUCUGGAGCUUCACAGUAAAAAGCUCAACAUUCACCUGGUUCUGAUAGAUGAACUCCACCGGCACCUGUACAUCAAGUCCACGAGCCGCCUGGGCCACAAGAACAGGGACAAGAACGCCCCCAAACUGCCUGGCUCUCUGACUAAAGACUCCUCCCCGAUGCAGCCUCUGGAGGUGAGCAGCCUCUCCACUCCUCGCAAACUCCUGGACACCUCUCAGUUCAGCACACCAGGAUCCGGCAGUGUUCAACAGGAUGGCCGUGAGAUGAACCAAGGGGACCUGCCUGAAGUCGACCCAGAGGAAAACAGCGCAGAGUUUAUGGGGAUUCUGAUCAAGGCCUUGGCAAAGCUGAAGAAAAUCCCAGAGACCAUCAAAGCCAUAAUGGAGCGACUGGAGCCAGAGCUGAAGCAGAUCGUGAAGAGGUCCACCACUCAGAUCGCAGACCACGCAUACCAGAAAGGAGAGAGUCUGGGACAGGAGAGCCAGCCCAGGCAGCUGCUAGAACUGCUGAAGCUGCUGUUUGACAAGUUCAAGGCCGUGGCCCAGGCCCAUAACGUGGUGCUGUCCCACCUGCAGCACAUCGCCGUGCAGUGUCCCCGAGGGGCUCAGGAGGAGGGCAUCAAACUGUACGACCAGGCUGACGUCUCCGCUAAAAUACAGACGGUUCUGCAGGUGUUGCUGAUGGAGUACCUGGAUGUGAAGAACAGUCGCAGUAGCUCAGAGGCCUCAGCACAGCUCUCCUACGCCAGCACCGGCAGUGAGUUCGCCGCUUUCUUCGCUAAGAAGAAGCCACAGCGAGCCAAGCAGUCUCUGUUCAAGUUCGAGUCCUCCUCCCAUGCCAUCAGUAUGAGUGCCUAUCUGAGAGAGCAGAGACGAGAGCUCUACAGCAAGAGUGGAGAGUUACAAGGUGGUGCUGACGACAACCUGAUCGAAGGUGGAGAGAUGAAGUUCGUCUGUAAACCAGGGGCAAGGAACAUAACUGUGAUUUUCCAGCCUCUUCUCCGAUUUAUCCAGGAGAUCGAGAUGAACAUGGGUCCAGGCCAAGCCAAGCAGUGCCAGCUCCGAGCGUUUCUCACAUACUACAUCAACGACCUCUUCCUCAACCAAGUGCGAACAGAAAUCAACAAAGAGAUCGAAGCCGUGAGUAAAGCAGCGGACCCUCUGAAGAUCCUCGCCAGCGCAGACACGAUGAAGGUGCUGGGAGUCCAGAGACCACUGCUACAGAGCACAGUGGUGGUGGAGAAGUCCAUCCAGGACCUGAUGAGCCUCAUGCAGGACUUGAGCGCCUACUCCAACCAGUUCCUGGAGAUGAUCUGUGACAAGCUCAAAGAUUACAAGGAGAUCUGCAACACUGCAUACAGAGGGAUUGUGCAGUGUGAAGAGAAGCUCACCAUCAGCGCCUCGUGGUCCAAAGAUGAGGACAUCAGUCGCCUGCUCCAGUCUCUGCCAAACUGGGCCAAUAUGGCACAGCCCCGACAGACCCGUCAGAAGAGGGAGGACGAGGAGGACUACACACGGACGGCGUUUGCCAAAGAGUCGGAGGUGCUGACCGGUAACCUUGGCGACAAACUGAUCCCUCAGAACGAGAUCCUGCGCGACGUGAGUGACCUGAAGGCUCUGGCCAACCUCCAGGAGAGCAUGGAGUGGCUGUCAACGAGACUCAGAGCCUUUUUCAACAGUCUGCCCCAUAUGACCGGAGGCUCCUCUGUGGACAGUCACGUGACCGGGGAGAGCGAGCGCAGUCGGGAGCAGAUCCUUCAGACUCUCAGGGAUCUGACCAGAAGCUUCCAGGACAUCGCCGACCGCUGCCUCCUGGUGCUGCACCUCGAAGUCAGGGUGCAUUGCUUCCAUUACCUCAUCCCUCUGGCCAAAGAGGGGAAUUAUGCCAUCGUGGCAAAUGUGGAGAGCAUGGACUACGACCCCCUAGUGGUGAAACUGAACAAGGACAUCUCAGCCAUUGAGGAGGCCAUGGGAGCUGCACUGCAACAGCACAAGUUCCAGUACAUCUUUGAAGGCCUGGGCCAUCUGAUCUCGUGUAUCCUGAUAAAUGGGGCGCAGUACUUCAAACGCAUCAGUGAAUCUGGCAUUAAGAAAAUGUGCCGCAACAUUUUUGUGCUGCAGCAAAACCUCACCAACAUCACCAUGUCCAGAGAGGCAGACCUGGACUUCGCCAGGCAGUACUACGAGAUGCUGUACAACACUGCAGAUGAGCUGUUGAACCUGGUGGUGGACCAAGGAGUUCGCUACACGGAGCUGGAGUACAUCAACGCUCUGUCUCUGCUCCACCGCAGUCAGACCGGAGUGGGAGACCUGAGCACCCAAAACACACGACUACAGAGGCUCAAGGAGAUCAUCUGUGAGCAGGCUGCCAUCAAACAGGCCACGAAAGACAAGAAGAUCACCACUGUCUAACAACACGCAGAUACUCAGAUACAUGCAACAUCAGGCUUCAUGUUAUGGCCAUUGUAAAGUUAUAGGAGGUUUGAAUGUGUUUUCUUUACUGUUUACUAGAGUUAUCAGAUUACUGUAUUUUUCGGACUAUAAGUCGCUCCAGAGUAUAAGUCACACCAGCCAAAAAAAUAGCUAAUGAAGAAAAAACGUAUAUAAGCCGCAGUUUUUGGGGGAUAUUUUACUUAUAAAAUCAGAGACCAGGAACCAACAUUUCAUCUUGAAAGGCAAGUUAUUGUAAAAACAAUAGAACAGAGAACAACAGGAUGUUAACGUAACAGUUCUUCAGAUAACUAUAGCAUAAACAGAAAAGAACAAGUUUACCAAACUCUCCAUCUCACUCCAAAUCACUAAAUCCAUUCAAUUCUUCAUCCUCUGUGUCACUUCUGAGCAACUUCACGACCUUCGGAGGUAAAAGCAGUGCCGUUUCGUCUUCUGCGUAGCUGUUUCAGAGUUGGCAUCAGUUCCAGUUAGAAUUGUUCCGGCCUUUCUGAAUCCCGACAGAGGGUUUCGGUGUCACUGAAGUCCAGACUUUGUCGAUCCAUCCAGUGACUUCCAGGAAAGUUCUAUGGUGCUCCCUCCCAGUUACCGUGAAGCUGUGUUCUCCAUUCCCGCUUUCCUCCAGUCCCUCACAAGUUUCUCGCUCACUCCAAACUUUCUUUCUGCUGCUCGAUUACCAUUUUCGCCUGCAUAUUUUACUCCUUGCAGCAGGACAGAGGCUCUUUCUGCAGGAAACAUGCACAGUAGAGCCAAGUGACAGUGGAACAGGAGUAACUGGAGCAGCAGAUACUGACACACAAGACUAGAGCCUCUCACGACUGUCAAUGUGAAAAUUUUAAUAUAUAAGUCGCACCUGAGUAUAAGUUAGCAGGAAACCAUGAAACCAUGAAAAAAAGUGCGACUUAUAGUCCGAAAAAUAUAGUACUCAAAUGAAAAACAGUGGCUGUGUUCACAUACACACUAACAUCAGGAAGAAAUUGGAUAAUUUUUGCUCUUUACAAAUAAACAAACUUGACCAAGCUGAUUUAUUCUUGUUAACACACACCAGAUCCUCAUGUUAUCUGAUUUCUCUGCCCGUGUAAACGUGCCCACUGUUAACAUUAAAUUUUUUAUAGUUACUGAUAUCUUUGGGUUGUUUUCGUUGAAGAUGGGGUAUUCAAUUUCCAAACCUUGAAAGAAAAAAGUAUGUGUUUGUAGCUCACAUUGCUGAUAUUCAUACUUAUAUUUUCAGGCAUGUGCUCACUUUUAGCAGCUUUUCAGACUACAGGUAAUACAAUAAUGCAGGUUUUGUUUGUUAUAAUGUUUUAGAAUGCGAUGUAGCAAGCAGUGGUCAUAAUGUUUUGGUUGAUGUAUACUAUAGUAAGCACGUGCCUGUAUAAAGGAACACUGAACUACUCUCAAAACAAAAUAGACAAAUAUGUAAACAUGUUUUUUAUAUAUACACUGAAACAGAAUCUUGCUUCAGACUGAACUCACUGUUGUGUGCAUUUCCUUUUCCCUGACGGUACAGAGUGGGAGAAAACUGUCACAUAUAUCGUGAUCCAACACAACUUUAGCUGUAAGCAGAGAAGUUUAAUGCAACUUUAACUUUGUGUCAGCUGUUUUUUUUUAUUUGAAACUCACACAAGCCGAUAUUUACACUAAUAAAAUAAAACGCCCAAUGCCUACAGCUCAGUUAAAACUCUUGAAUUCAGAAUAUUAUUAAUUAUUAUCUUCAUUUGAGUAGUUUUGACUGUAGCUCUUAAUUGUUUGAUUAAAAGUGCACUGCAUAACUGCUUGACUACAUGUUAUUGCUUUAUCUGUAAUGUUCCAGAGUAUGGCAUUAAAGAUAUCUAUCCAUAAUGUA